AUGGUAACGCUGAACCAUCAAAUAUUUUGGCAGCCAGCGCCAGGAGCCUCAGUGGGUUGCUCUUCCACUGGCUCAGAAACCCAGACUAUCGACGCAACGAGGCGACCGGACGCCCCGAAAGAAAGAAGCUAUACCCCGGAGAAUAAUGUGCUACAAGAAGAUAGUACAAUGGGCUUCGUGUCAGAACCCAACGAGCUCCCUCGAGCUAAUUCGCCUGACCUCUAUCAUAAUGACGAAUUAUCAACCGCUGGAAACUACCCCGACUAUCCUGAGGAAGUCGCUCUCUAUCCUUCCUCCCGAGUUAGUGAUACUCCCUCUGUGGCUGGCUUAGAAGGCCCUGGGACGACUCGAGUCUUCGAUGUCUUCGAAGACGAUCGUAUUAGACAAAGUGACGGGGAGUAUUACAGAAACUGCGCUCCAAAGGAAAGGAAGCGAGCUUUGGAAAAUUCAAAUACCUCCCCUCCAAAACGACGUCGAUACCGGACUUCCACUGUCACAAAUGCAAACAAGCCACGAGGAAAACGAGCAAGUCCAUUAGGAGCCGGAGAUCCACCACUUGAAAAUACAGAAGGUUAUUCCGAUAGCAAUCUCGCAGGGCUUAGGAAUGCGAUCGGAUAUCUAAAGCGCGCUUACAGCCUGGUCACUGCUGAGGCCAAGUUUUCUGACGACAUUGCGGGUGCAGAUAUUCUCAAAGAGAAUCUUUCAGUGCUUCAGCUUGCAACAAAAACGCUACAACACGCAUACGGUAUCAUCGCUACAAGCACCACAGCAAUGGAAAAUGUGGCGCGAGAGGCUACGACUGUGCAACAGCGGUCAACCUUCACGCGCAGCAAGUGGACUGUUGAAGAUGAUCAUCGAUUGUUGAGGCUGAGAGACUCUCAAAAUCUGUCAUGGAGUCGUAUUCGAGAUUUGUUCCCUGAGAGGACUAUGAAUGCAAUCAGAACCCGGUAUUCUCGGGAGUCGUCCAAACAUUCUGAACCUCUUUCAAGCAAAGAAAACCACUCGGUCUGCACCGGUCGGCAAGUGAAGGGCACAUCAAGCAUUCGAAGAAGCCCGAGGUUGAGCCGGCCUCGCCGGGUCAGCGAUAGAACGAGCAAUGCAGAGCGCGAGCGAAGGUACCCCUCGCGCGCCGCAAAGCAUUCCAGUGGUUCGAAUGCAUUGAAUCUUGAUUCUAUUGAUCCUCGACUUCGCAAUAUCAACAAUGUUUAG